AUGGCUGUGAGAGAUAUAGAAGAAGGAGUAGUUGAUUCAAAUUCUACCAUUCCUUUGAAACAGCACUUUGUGUUUGUACAUGGCAUAAGUGGAGGAAGUUGGUGUUGGUAUAAAAUUUGUUGUCUUAUGGAGAAUUCUGGGUACAAAGUUUCAUGCAUAGACCUUAAAAGUUGUGGAAUUGAUCAAUCUCAUGCUGAUUCUAUUCUUACUUUUGAUGAUUAUAAUAAACCUCUUAUUGAUUUCAUAUCUGAUUUACCAGAUAAUGAAAAGGUUAUAUUGUGUAUGUGGCAGCAACUAUACUGA